AAUCGAAAACCUCCGCUUGAGAUUCGUAAGUGCUCCACAUCGCAUGAGGAAGAAGCUUCCUUACAGGAGGAGCACACGCUUCGGGGGACGCAGGUGGGAUGCCGAGAAAGAUGAUGUCAGGGUUCUCAGGAAUGGGGUAUGAGCUUCCUCCUGAGGUUCAGUUUGGGAACUUUGAAAAGAACCACCAUCUCGAGAGUGGAAAAAGUUGCCCAAGACAAAAAUGCUCUACUUUGGAUGAAGACGAACGCAUGAAAUACCUAACUCAUGAAGAAAAAGAUGUCCUGCUUUUUUUUGAAGAAACUAUUGACUCCUUGGAAGAGGACUUGGAGGAACAAGCCUUGCAUGACAGUGGUGUCUUCUGCCCUUCUCCAAAGUUGGUGGAAGAAAACACAUCUAGCCAUUCGGGGUCUGAAGAUAUCAUAGACUUGGUCCCAUCAGCACCAGAGCACAGCACAGAGCCAGCACCGGGAGAAACUUGGAAACUGGAUAAGCCAAAGCUGGAGGAUGUUGAACGGUCAGGAGAAGAUGUCCAUGUUAAUUCAGUUUCUCCUCAGCCCACACAGCCUUCAGCACCCCCGUUGCCUGUCUGUGAGAUGUAUCCUGUUCAGCCUGCUAUACUGCAUCCAAAACUCCUUCGCUCAAUCCCCACUCCACUUCUGAUUGCUCAGAAACUGUCUGAGCAGCAGGGAGAAGGCAGUUCUUCCUCUCUUCGUUCUCCAAAGGAAGGGAACACCAGGGAGAGCAGGAGCAUCCCUGCUGCUUCCACCCCCUGCAGUAGGGAGCAUGUCAAGCCAUAUGCCCCCCCUCCAGUUGCUCCCAAGCCCCAGAGGUUCCCAAGCAACAUCAGCUUCACCAAUGCUAGCGAGCGGGAAUUCAGCAAAAUCAUCUCCAAGGCAGCCGUCAGCAUUCAAGAGCGCAAAGCUCAGGUGUUGGCCAACGUCAAUGGUUCAGCCUUCCAAGUAAGUGAGUUGGAGGAGAGACUACAGAAGCAUGAACUUCUGGGUCCCACUCGGAGCUCAUCCUUACAAGAUUUACCUUCUGAGCCAGCAAGCCACAAAGCUUUGAGUAGUUUAAGCCUGGUUGAAAAAACUCUCGCUCGUGCCCAACUGGUCUGCCCUCUCAGCAUCUCCCCCACAAAGGACAAGAGGCUCGAACAAGGACACGUUGCACCAAAUGGCUAUCGAAAUAUCCAUGACAUCUUGAAAAGCGAUCCUAAUCUGUUCCCCACCAUGAGCAAAACAAUGACUUUCAAGCCAGCUGCUGACCUUGUGGAUGGCACGUCUGCUCAGCCAAACUCCAUCAAGAGUUUUUCCAGACACACCCAGCAAGACCUCAUCCUUGACAUACAGAGGAGGCCUGGCUCAUCAUCCAAACCGUCAGGACUCCAACCCAGAGGUGUAACAGUACAGUUUUCCGGCCGUGAAUCAACAGAAGAAGCUCGGAGGGAGGCUUUGCGAAAACUUGGACUUCUGAAAGAAUAGUGGAAUGAGAAUGACAUCCAGAGAACAUUAUCUGCCUGAAGACAGAUUCCAAUGAGAUCAAAGACAAUUCUCUCUAUCAUGCAGACUAAGGAAAUAACAAGUAUUGAAACUCCACUGUUCUGUGCUGGCAUUUUUUGGUGGAUGUCCUUGACAUGAGGUCAUAGUGCUUAUUGAAGACUUCAAGGCAGUUAGUUAAAGCCUGGCUGAAAGUGACAGUGUCAGGCUAAAUGAAGGUCAACAGGCAGUAAGUGUGUAAGUUGUGUAUGCGUGUAACUGGCCAAAUACAUCUGAGUACCUUGGACAAAGCCCAAAAAGUCCCAGGAGGGACAGGAUUAAUGAAUUCUAUAAGGAUAAGUGUAUACAUACACACAUAUUGGACAGCUCAAAUCUGUAAUUGAGCUGCUAUCUCUGAUGGUCCCAGAUAUUUAAUAGCGCGCACACUGCUGAUCAUUCCUUCUUUUGCAGAGGAACUGACGAGAGUGUAGCAGUCUUUUUCAGGAUGGUUGAUAACUUGAAAAGCAUCGGGUCUGCUGGAUUUGACAAAAGGUCCCAUUAUACCCAGUAUUCUGUUUCCUGUAGCCGCCCAGUGCCUGUGCUUCUGAAAACCAAUUGUGUUGAAAUGGAGGGGGACCCCAACUUGCCAUAAGUCAGGGUUGCAGUCUUGGGCACCCCACUUUUCUGACCUCCUAGGCAUCAUGUUGAACCAUACGGAGACCUCCUUCUUUUCCCAGCACCUUUCUUAGGGUAGUGUAUCCCAAGCUGAGCACCCUCCAGAUGCCCUGGGAGCUGAAGUCCACACAUCUGGAGAGUGUCCAGAUGUAGGCUCAUGUAAGCUCCUAGAACUGGGCACAGAGUUGAACGUGGCACCUGACGAAGAGCGAAGGAACUGAAGGAAUAAAUAGCCGAUACUCAUUCCAAGUAGUACAGGGGUACACAAUCUACAACUGAAGGUCCACAGGUCAUUCCCUUCCCCCCCAGCUGUUGAAACCCACUUUAGCCAGGUCUAGCAGGAUUCUGCUACAGGGGAGUCCCGCAAAGUGAGGAAGGAGCUGUGCUAUCACACUUCAGCUAACUGGACCAUACUUUUUGUUCUUUAUAGCUCAGAUAUUACCGAGUUUGGGGAAGUGUUCACAGAUCUCUUGGGAAGUGGCAUUAGAAGGUAGGAGGCCCAAGAAUUGUCCUGCCUCGUAAGAAGCAGAGCCUUUCUCAGACUCAGUGUCCCUCUUGCAUAUUGGAUCCUUUCAGCUGAGGCGUCUUGUAGUAAUAAUGCUGUGAAUUCUCAUUUUAGCUCAAGUCCUCUUAGUCAAUAUGGUGUGACAACCGCUGUGAAUCCAGAGUGGGCUAGUCAUGUUGACCUCACGCUGAAACAAUAGCACCUCCUGUGACUUAAAGAGAAUAAAUAUCCAUCUGUUGCCAUAA